AUGUCAUUAAUGGUUGAGAAUACUCACUACUUCUGGUGCAAAUUGCUCUCUUCAAAGAUCUUCUACCCAUCCAUUCUCCUCAGUGCUCUUCUCAGGUGGAAAAUUAUGGGAACGAUGAGGCUACAUAAGUAUGCUGCUGCCAAGUCCAUGAUUUCAAAGCAUGGUCUCAUCAUCAUGAUCAAUGCUGAAUUCAAGCAGUAUGAUUUCCUCCGACAUGAAUACGAUGUGGAACUGCUUCUCAUCAUGCAGAUGACAAGACCUCAGGGGCUUUUAUGUAGAGUGAUGGGAAAUUCUUAUUCUUCUAUAGAAGCAUAA